CUCCUCCUCCCGUGCUCCUCUCCACAAUCAGAAUGCUCUAGCAAUGGGCGACACCACGUCCCUCAUCGGCGUCGCCAUCGCCUGUGCGGGCAACAUACUCAUCUCUCUGGCCCUCACUAUCCAAAAGCUCGCACACAGCCGCCAGGAGCGCGAUGCCAUCUCCUCCUUCGUCACCUCAACCCACCCCGUAGGCGUCGGGCGCGAGCGGCGGUCGAGCGGCACGCCCGCGCGCUCUCUUUCCCCGACCGGCGAGGCGGAUUGGGCGACACGCGCCGCGCUCCGCGAUAGCCCGGUCGCGGUGCAGGUCGAGCUCUCUGACAAUGUCCAAGAUGGCACCCGCAGUCCCACCGUGAUUGAGGGCGCAUACCUCCGCUCUAAGCUGUGGUGGCUCGGCCUCGCGCUCAUGUCCGUGGGCGAGGGUGGCAACUUUGUUUCGUAUGGCUUUGCGCCUGCCUCCGUCGUCGCGCCGCUUGGCACGGUUGCACUGAUCGCCAACUGUGUGUUUGCACCACUCGUCCUCGGCGAGCGCUUUACGAAGCGCAAUGUCCUCGGCGUCGCACUCGCUAUCCUGGGCGCCGUCACAAUAGUAUGGUCUGGCCGCGGCUCCAACCCACGUCUCUCGCCGCGGGAGCUCAUCGCUGCGAUUAUUGCCCCGCCUAUGAUCGCACUUAUGGCCAUCACCGCUGUGCUUAUCGGCGUCGGGGUAUGGCUCUCGAGUCAGCCAUGUGGCGCAAACCACGUCGUCGUGGACGUCGGGACUUGUGCCCUCUUUGGCGGAUACACGGUUAUGGCAACCAAGGCGCUUUCGUCGCUUAUCUCAACAUCUCCGAUCAAGGCGCUCAGAGAGCCUGUGGCGUGGGGCGCUAUCCUCAUCCUCCUCGUCACGAGCGUACUGCAAAUCAAAUUCCUCAACCGCGCGCUCAUGCGCUUCGAGUCGAAAGAAGUAAUCCCCACGCAAUUCGUCUUCUUCUCCAUGUCUGCGAUCAUCAUGAGUGCCGUGCUCUACCAGGAGUUCCGGGACAUGACGCUGUCCACGGUCGUCAACUUCGCCUUCGGGAUAGCCACGACAUUCUUGGGCGUCUACUUCCUCACCACCCCCGCCGAUGCCUUGCCCGAAGAGCUUCUGCCUGGGCCCCGCGCGCCCCUCUCCCCCGUGGCCGAAGAGACGCCGCUACUGCGCCGCACCGUGUCGCCGCGCCGCGCAUCCCUUCCCCUCACCGGCACCGGGCGGCUGAUCAAGCGCGGCUCGCAGAGCAAUAUCGCGCUUGGCGUGACGCAGGCCGGGCUGCUUCUGCUCGCGAGCACGCCUCCGGUAUCCCCCGCCACGCCGGUGGGGCGGCACCGCGCGUCCUCCCGGUCGUCAGUCACGAGCGAUGGCGCGAACGGGCAUGGCAAUUGGCAGGCGUUUGAGAACGUCCUGCCGAGUGUGUCAGGUGGUAGGAGGUAGUGUUUGGGCGUUUGUAUGACGACUUGAAUGGUUCAUAUGAUAUAUGAUAGAAGGAUCUGUGUGAUAUUAAC